UCAGUUCAAUAUUUAAGAAUUUGGACUAGUAUUAUGCUACAUUAAGAUAGUUGAUAUUUGUAAAGACUCAAUGAAGAUCAACUUUUUGAUGCUGAAAAUUGGGCAUAAAGAUUGUUAACGUAAUUGCUAGAGACAGUUAAGAAAAUAGACAGUUAAGAACUGAGACUCCGGUCUUAUUGUACUAGUUGAAGUAAUGUAUUACUUACAUUUUGAUUUUAUUAUCCUGAUGACAUAUUUCAAUUGAACUUUGCAAAGUGUUUUUGCAUUAACAAAAGUAUUUUAGUUUGCAUAACCAAUGGCAGCCAACUGUAAACCAGUUGGCUUGAAUUGCUUCACCUCCAUUGGGCCAGAUUAUGAAGAUCGUGAUAAGCUAAUAGCUGAAGUUGAAGAUUAUUUCGAGCUAUACAAUCUACUUGACCCUGAAAUAUCAGGCAUGAAACCCUGGUGGGACUUAUCAAAAAAUCAGGCAUUGUAUUAUGUAGUUUAUUUUCCUGAUGCUUCUACACGUGACAGUGCUUACUACAAUUCAAAUAGAAUUAAGAAACCAGAUUGCAUUGAUUUUAUGUCGAUACAUGGAGAAAACCAACCAUGCUCCCCAAGCCCUGGGAAACGACAGAAAAUAGGUGAUGGUUAUACUACUCCAAGACUUUCUGAAGCCAGUGAUAAGAAUAUCCGAAACCUGGAUGCAUUGCGAACUUUCGGAGAAAGUGAAAAAAAGAAAUAUGAUGACAAAUUGGGAUGGUUUUUGCGAUGGAGCUCACAGUUCGCUGUACUAUUGGUUUUGCCUAUGGAGGAGUAUCAAAAGCUUUCCGAAACUGACAAUUUCUCUUUGCCUAGGAAUAUUCUGGAAAAAUAUGCAAAAUUUGCCAUUCCAAGUUCACAUACAGACCAUUUGGACGAUCUCUUGGAACAAGAAAGAAAAGUUAUACAUGCUGAAGCCAAGCUUAUGGGAGAUCCACUGAGAUCUCCUAUUAAUUUAUCAAUACCCUACAAGCGUAGUUGGCUUAUGAGAAUUAUCACUGACCAUGAAAUGGCUCAGUGGGAAAAAGGAAAUUCCAGUCAAGCCACAAAAUACAAGGUAUUCCUCUAUUCAGCCAUUGAGAUAUGUUAUUUCUGCAAGAGAGCAAUUUUGCGAUCUAUCUUCGUAAAUUUAGCGAGCAAAGGAAAAAUUGAUGAUGAAACAAAGCCAGUCAUUGGCCAUUCAUUUGAAAAUAAAUCUGAAAAUGAGCUCACUACUGAUCCUGACGAGUCAAAAGUAAUUUUCUAUUUGCCUGAGCGGCCUUUGAUCACCCCACACAAGAAGUCUGAUAAUCAAAAUGGGUUUGAACAUGCUGUCCCGACCGCAGAUAAAGGUCCCAAAGAUAUCAAACGUGAUUUGGGACACGAAAUGUAACAAAUUUAGCUUGGAACAAAUUUUUUUUACAUGUGUCGGAAUAGUUAACUAUCCAAAGUUUUAUUGAAGAUUCAUCCUUUAUAUAAAAGUGACUCAGGUUAUUUAAACCAGUGGUUCCCAACAUUGAUAUUCGUUAGUCCUCUAUGAUUUUCCGAACUGUUUUAAGACACAAAUUCAUAUUAAAUUACCGGUACUAUCAGAAAUGGGUUUGUCAUUUCCGAGGAUGUUUUUUAUUCACAAAGAAAAAAAUAAGUCAAACAUUUUCAUCCGCAUGCCAAAAACUGUAAAAAACGGUAAAAAAUUUGCUUUGCUAAUCUAUUUUAUCGUUUCGAAGUGUUUUACGCAAUCAAAGACAACAAGCAAAAACCCACCUAAUAAAAUUAGAACUGUUCAUAUAUUUCCCAUUUUAAAAUCUUGCUUUGCUUGAUUUAUUUGAUGUUACCAAUCCACCGAGAUAAAAAGAUUGGGAACCACUGAUAUAAACGAUAUGACUUUACUCAAACUCAACUGACAGCAAGUGAUAAUAAACUCAAUGAUUGAUUCAACUCGGGUAUGACUUCUUACCGACACUGAUAUUUUAAGGUGAAAUAUUGAUAGAUGCCAACAUCUGUAAAAUAUACACAAGUUAUAAUUUGUGUGAAUAUUGUGAUAUGCUGUUUUGCCUUUCGUGUUUCGCUGGUUUAUCUGCUCUUUUUUCACCCAUGGUCUUCAAUAAGCAUAUUUUGCUGUGUGUCUGCUGCUAUUUUGCUAUUCAACUAAUUGGUAGAUUUGGUUGUAUUAAGA